AUGUCAUCACAUCGCGGAUACGGCAAGCUGAUCCUCUUCGGCGAGCACUUCGUCGUCUACAAGGUCCCAGCACUUGUGGCUGCCGUCUCGGACUUUACCGACUGCAGCGUCACGCUCACGGAGGGUGGAAGCGGCGUGAAUCAGCAGGACAACCGUCCUGCUGUCCCUGGGUACAAGGACGAGAAGAAGGAGGAGCACGAUCAGGCUGUGGGCCUCGUCCUCUCUCACCUGGGAGUAGACACUAGCAAGCAACAAGUUGACAUCGUCUUUGGAGGAGACCUGACUGCCGUAUCCGGCAUCGGUGCCUCUGCUGCUGCCUGUGUCGCCCUUGCCCGCGCGGUUGCACACGCACAGGGAAAGAAGUUGACAGAGGAGGAGAUCAACCAGGCAGGAUAUGAGGGAGAGAAGGGAUACCACGGUACCCCCUCGGGUAUCGACAACACUGCGGCGACCUACGGUGGUAUCCUCAAGUUCCAGAGGACUGAGGAGGGGUCUACCUUCCUGCCCAAGACCCUCAAAGUGAAGGUGGAGAUCGUGUACGCGAGCACGGGGAUUACUGCGAGCACGUCAAAGGUGGUUGGGGACGUGAGGAAGAAGAAAGAGGAGGAGCCGCAGUGGUUUGAUGCGCUGCUCCAGCGCUACCUGAAGCUGGUGGAGGAGGGCGAGAGCAAGCUGGAGGAAGGAGACUGGAAGAGGGUCGGAGAGCUGAUGAACGACAAUCAUGUGCUCUGCCAG